AUGAGCACCGAUUCUGAUGGGUGGCGCGAGCAGAUGCAUGCCCUUAUUGAUAUGGUUCCUCCGGAGCCUCCACAACCAGAAAGAGAAGACAAGAAGAAGGAAAGAGUCGCAGCCGGUGCUCCUUUCACGUGGAUUACAGCGAACUUUGGUACUUGCCCUGAGGAUGCUAAUGAGGACACGGUGAAGACAUAUGCUCGUAUCUACAUGUGGUACGUGAUAUCCAAGACUAUGUUUGCUGAUGGCACAUGCAAGAAUGCUCCGUGGAUGUGGCUGAAGGCGUUGACCGUCUUCGAUAGCAAAUGGAGUUGGGGUUCGGCGACACUGGCUUAUUUGUAUCGACAACUGGACGAAGCCUGUUGUGGGCCAUCUGGAGGUAUUGGUGGUUGUAUGCUCGCACUUUCCAUAUGGAGCUGGGAGCGUUUGCCGGUUGGACGACCGAAGACCGUGAAGUACGAGGAUUGGGACGACAAAAAUGACCCACUAUGGCUCCCCACUUGGGCUCAUAAGUGGGAUGUGUUAAAUGAGAAGACGGAUGAUCCAUCGGUCAUGUACAAGUUGUACAAGAGCGAGCUAGACGCGAUCACGCCUGAGCAGGUGGAAUGGGAGCCGUAUGGAAAAGGAGAGAGUUGUGGUAACCCUAUAGAGUUCAGGCUGAAUCCGAUGUGCACUAGGGAUAGGGAUCUCUGGCAUAUGCGGUGCCCACUCAUAUGCAACUGGGCGGUUGAGCUUCACCUGCCACAUCGGGUGUUCCGCCAGUUUGACUUGUUCCAGUCAUUUCCGCCGCAGUGGGAAGACACGAACAAGGUGCUACACGGGUUGGAUAGGAAAAAGCAACGGAAGAUCUAG